AUGAUUUCAGUGCGCAGUGCCGACACGGAAUGCAAGCCUACCGCAACCUCGACCACCACAAUGACCACACAAUACGAGGACACUAAGGCAAGUUAUGAUCAGUAUUUCCCGUACGACUUUCCAGAAACAAAUAGCAUCCUUGAGCAGUUAAAACUGGGGCUAGUAUUGGCGGAAGAGUUAUACGAUACCUAUGUUCCAAAAUUCUUAAGGCUGAUGCGAGAUCUGACCCCCGAAAACCGGCUAGCGCUGGGACACACAAAAAGCUACCUAAAAGUAUUUAACGUCUUCUGA